UUGAUCUAUCCCCAGUGCUUAGUGGUAUAUUUCCAUUAUGGCUUCAUUCUUUCCGGUGAGCUAGAAGCAGGUACACCCUGAUAAGAGUGGAUGCACCUACUUCUUAUUCUCACUCGAGAGUUCCCCAGAGCUCUCCUUUAUGGAAAGCAUAGUCGCAGGUUGCUAGGAUACAGGCUGCCUGGCAUCACAUGCAGCAAAGCAUUAAUACACAAAGCCUCCUUAACAUCCUUGUGUGGGCUUCCUCAGAAAGGAGUGCAUUACUAUUACAAGCAGCUGGAUCACCACGCUGCUGCGGCUCUCCUUGGGGCUGAUGUUACUGUAGAAUAGAGACACAUUUUGAAGGCAGAUGGUCUGUUAGCUGAAAGAAAGUCAGUCACUAUGUGUGACACCGUCUGCAAAUGUAGCGUUCUGUGGACUGGGUUGAUGUUUUGUCCUGAUUACUCAAGAAUGCCUCCUCCCACACACACAUAGACUGCUGCUUAAAGAAGGCAACAGCUUCAUUUCUAGCCAGCAAGAGAACAAAAGAAAUGAACUGGUCAUAGUCAUCCCUUUAGGGAAUAAUCAGAAAAAAGAUUGAGGAGAGACAUGGUCUACACGUUGAAGUACAUCAACUAAACAAACACUCAAGCUUUCCAAAGCAGCAUCAAAAGCAGCUUAACUUCACAAGAUAGAGCUGCAAAGCUGCAUAUCCUUUUCCCCCCAAACUGAGGAUUGGAAUGAAGACCUUCAAAAGCAGACAAUGAAAAUGCUUGCCGACACACUGUUGCUUUAGAAGACGGAAAAGGGAUUUUUCUUAGAAUAAAAAACUAAAGAUACAGCGAUAAAGACAGCAAAAUGGGAAUCACUGUGCAAAACAUCACAGCCACCUCUGCCACAGUCACGUGGCCUGCCUCUCCAAGCUGCGUGGACAGCUUCUACAGCAUCAUGUACCACCCGAACUGGAACAAUCUGCUCACAGGCUACUCCAGGAAGAACUUCCUUAAGGAGGACAAAGUUCCAACCGAACAGACCUCCGCUAACUUGUGGAACCUGAGCCCACAGACCAGCUACAUCCUGUGUGUCACGUGCCAGUCGGCCAAUCCCUCUGGCGACCAGUGCCGGGUCUUCAACACCCUGGGCCAGGACCCCUCCUCCUCGCUGGGCAGUGGCAGGAAGGAACUGGCCAUGGGCAUCUGGCUGACCAGCAGCCUCCUUCUGCUCAUUAUCGCUGGCAUCCUCUUGUAUGGCUGCCUGCACAUCUGGUGCAGCAAACACCAGGAUAACCCAGAGGGGACCUUUGCCGACCCAGAUGUGCCAGACAAGAGAGAGGCAGCCGCAGACAGUCUCUACUCGCACAACAACACUGGAGAAGACGCCCAGCUGGCUACCAUCAUAGAGAACCCCUUUACUUCAUCAGAGUCGUCUCCCCGCAGCUACAGAAAUCGAGAGCUGGUGCCCCUGGCAUGCAAAGACAUGGACACCCCUUCCCAGAGCCUUUGAGAACAGUAUCAAUCCAAGGCCUGCAGGGCCACCUACACCCUGCAUCCGGUUUAGAAGGUCUCACUGACUUUGUCAGAAAUGUGUCUUUUGAAAUGCCUGUUGUUUCCUCCCUUGGGUGUGGGAGAACUACCCUCCCUAAUGUCAUGGAAAAUGCCCAGAGUACACACUUUUGAAGCUGGCCAUAUCCUCCUAAGAAGUAUUUCAAAAUGUACAUGGUCUGCAUUUUCAGAGAAGAAUAAAAUAAUUAGUAAAAACCAGCAUGAAACUACUGUAGGAGGUAUUCUCGGUAAACUGAUUCAAUAUUGGCAACCCGACUAAUUAAUUAAGUAAGAAUAAGAAUGGGCAACCUGGCUAUAAUGAAAUAAUUGUGCAAGUUUUACACCAUUCAGGAGUUUGUUUGCUGCAAGUACAAGAAGCUAAGACAGCAACAGUCAGGAGCCUUCUCAAAGACGUAAAAUUAUUAUAAAGCAGGACUUCUUUCUGAAAAUCAGUCAAGGACUUUUACGGAACCAACCCAUAUAUGGAAAAGGCUGUUAUACCUACAAUGGCUAACACUGUUAGAACUUGAAUUAUUACCUUAUAUGGAGAGUGCACCACAGGCCCCUACUCGUAAGAGACUAUACAAACCCAGCAACAAAGGAGCACAAUGCUCUCAAGCUCCAAGAGCCCAAGGGUGCUGCUCCUUGACUGAAGGAAACCACCAAGCAAACCUCAGCUGCAGCUGCUAUACGGGGAGAAGUGGUGACAGCCUGAGAGACCGGGACUGGGGAGAGAACCUUAGCUGCUAUAAGGGGAGAAGUGGUGACAGCCUGAGAGACCAGGACCAGGGAGAGAACCUCAGCUGCAACUGCUAUACGGGGAGAAGUGGUGACAGCCUGAGAGACCAGGACCAGGGGAGAGAAACACAAAGACUGUGUUGAUCCUGUUGGAGAUUGAAGAAUCAUCGCAGAAAGGAUUUCACAGAGCAAUUCAACAACCCGAGUUCCACAACCAGACAGUGAAUGAGUCAGUGCUGCCCGGGCCUGCGGAGUACUCAACUGAGUAAUUAACUAGAUUUUGUGAAAAGCAACUUUUAAUUAACCUUGAUAAGCAACUGAAAAGUUAGACUACCUCAUGUUAUUUACAUGAAGAGCUUUUAAGUAAACCUGCUAUCUGUAGACAAGUAUAUUUAGAGAAGUUUGAUUGAAGGUUUGAUGCUAUUGGUUGUCUUUGAUGCAUGGCACAUGCUUAAGAAUUAUUUCUGAUUUCUGAGAUUUCUGUUCUUUCAUAUUUCUGUAUUCAAUAAACUGCUGCUGUUAGUUGCA